ACUGGUGUAGAGAGGAGCCAAGUCACUCAAACGAAAGCUUCAUAAAGGAAAAAAUGGGAUUACCUAAACAGAGAGAUUUCAUUUCAGCUCUUCAAGAUUCAACGCUUUUUGGAGCCGAAGAGAAGAAUCCGCUCGAUCGAUUUCUCAUUCCAGUGUAUGUUCAUGAUUUCUUCCACUUAUUUCCCUUCGGCAAACAAAUUUCACUUGGAAAUCUCAGAAAAAAUGGCCCGAAUCUCAUACUUUCAAUCUCUGCAUAUCUUUUCGUUUGAUCCGUACUGAACAAUUCUGCAUUAUUCCGAGUUUUUGAUGAUUGAAGAAGCACCGAUUCUUAGAAUAUGAUAUUGAUUUCACAUUCCAGUGUUUCUGAUUCUGAUUCUAAAUGCCAAAAAGAGAGCGAUUACUGUAAAGAAGUAGAGGAGUUUACAGAGUUUCUUUCAGCAGCGACUCAUCCGUAACCACAAGAACAGAAUGUGGGCUCUCUCUCCAUAUCCAAAUCUCUCACUUAAUAAAGGAUUUUCUAAAGUUUCCGCAUCAGCUCAGAUUACAAUUUCGCCUAAGGACACAAUUUUCCCACUGCCAAAUUGGAGGAUAGGGAAAGGCGAUCAAAAGAGUAGAGAGCUUAGACUAAACGAUGCUUUUUUUCACCUAGAGUUCAUGAUUGAGAAUGGCCAAAAGCCUGAUGAAUUCCACGCAACUCGGUUACUGUAUGAUCUCUGCAAGGCAUGUAAGAUGAAGAAGGCUGUGAAGGUAAUGGAGAUGACAAUUGGGUCUGGAAUCAUUCCAGAUGCGUCUUCCUAUACCUUUUUGGUAAGUUCUUUGUGUAAAAAAGGGAAUGUUGGUUAUGCAAUGCAAUUAGUGGAGAAAAUGGAGGAAUAUGGGUAUCCUACCAACACUGUUACUUAUAAUUCACUUGUGAGAGGGCUUUGUAUGCAUGGAAAUUUGAGUAAGAGCUUGCAGCUUUUAGACAGGUUGAUCCAGAAGGGGCUUGUCCCUGAUGCUUAUACAUACUCUUUUUUGCUUGAAGCUGCUUACAAGGAGAGAGGAGCUGAUGAAGCCAUUAAGCUUUUGGAGGAGAUAAUUGCAAAGGGUGGGGAGGCUAAUUUGGUUAGCUAUAAUGUUUUGUUAACUGGGUUGUGUAAAGAAGGUAGGAUAGGAGAUGCCAUUCAGUUGUUUAGGGAGUUGCCUUCACAAGGAUUCAGUCCAAAUGUUGUUAGUUAUAAUAUUUUGUUAAGGAGUUUGUGUUAUGAAGGGAGGUGGGACGAGGCAAAUGUGCUUCUAGCUGAAAUGGACAGUGAUGGCGAUGAUCGUUCCCCGUCGAACGUCACGUACAAUAUAUUGAUUGGUUCGCUUAGUCUCCAUGGAAGAAUAGGACAUGCUCUUGAGGUUUUGGAAGAGAUGAUUCGGGCAGGGUUCAAGCCGAUGGCUUCGAGUUAUAACCCGAUAAUCGCUCGUCUUUGCAAAGAUAGGAAAGUGGAUGUUGUUGUGAAAUGUUUGGAUGAAAUGAUGCAUAGGCAUUGUAAUCCCAAUGAAGGAACAUACAAUGCGAUUGCUACACUUUGUGAGGAGGGAAUGGUUCAAGAAGCAUUCUCCAUCAUACAGAGUUUGGGCAACAAGCAACAUUCCUCUACUCAAGAAUUCUAUAAAUUCGUUAUUACGAGCUUGUGUCGAAAAGGAAACACAUAUCCAGCGUUUCAGCUUCUCUACGAAAUGACAAAGUACGGGUUUACACCCGACUCGUUUACCUAUUCGUCUUUGAUCCGGGGGUUAUGUAUGGAGGGUAUGCUGAAUGAGGCAAUUGAAAUAUUCAGUGUAAUGGAGGAAAAUAACUACAAGCCUAGAACUGAAAAUUACAAUUCACUCAUUCUUGGUUGCUGCAAAUCUCGGAGAACCGAUUUGGCCUUCGAGGUUUUCGAAAUCAUGGUCGAUAAAGGGCAUCUGCCAAAUGAAACAACGUACACCAUUCUUGUGGAAGGGAUCAUCCAAGAGAAAGAGAUAGAUCUUGGAACCAAAGUACUGAGGGAGCUGCAACUCAGGGAUGUAAUAAGUCAAAGCACAGUGGAAAGACUUGUUAUGCAGUAUUACCUAAAGGAAUUACCAUUAAGAUAAUUCGGUUGACCGUUCAUCAAGAACAGGACGUAAACGCUGUUGGUAUGUACAUUAUUUACAACUAUGUACAUGUUUUUAGUUCACAAGGCUUCGUAUAUGUGCAUAGCUAAUUGCUUGUU